AUGUCCCACGGGGGCAGGUUCGACUUUGACGAUGGCGGCUGCUACGUGGGUGACUGGCAGGAUGGCCGGGCGCACGGGUAUGGGGUCUGCACCGGCCCUGGGGCCCAGGGCGAGUACAGUGGGCAAUGGCGGCGCGGGUUCGAGUCUCUGGGUGUCUACACCUGGCCCAGCGGCAACACCUACCAGGGCCAUUGGAGCCAGGGCAAGCGGGAAGGGCUGGGCGUGGAGCGCAAGAGCAAGUGGUGUUACAAGGGGGAGUGGAGCCACGGGCUGAAGGGCCGGACCGGCGUCUGGGAGAGCCACUCCGGGGUCACCUACGAGGGCAUGUGGAGGGACGGGCUGCAGGAUGGCUACGGCACCGAGACCUACGCCGACGGAGGCACCUACCAGGGCCAGUGGCAAGCCGGGAAGCGGCACGGCUAUGGCGUUCGCCAGAGCGUCCCCUACCGCCAGGCUGCCUUGGUGUGCUCCCUGCGCCGCACCUCGCUGGAAUCCCUCCGCAGCGACCCUGACCCCGGCGGGCCCCCUGCUCCGCUCCCUCCCCCUCCCCUGCCCCCUCCGCUGCUCCCGGGGGACAGCCCGGCCUCGGGCUCCCGGGGCGGCUUCGUGCUGGCCUUCCCCGGUGACCCGCACUUCCCCAAGGGGGCCAAGAAGAAGACGGGGGGCUUCUUCUUCCGGCGCUCCCUGCUGCUGAGCGGUCUGCGGGUGCGCCGGGCUGAGUCCAAAGCCUCCCUGGGCAGUAAGCGGGGCUCGCUGAAGAGCGAAGCUGGGGUGAGCUCGACCGGGAGCGAAGCCACCACCCUGAGCUACGCCGAGACCGAACCCCCCGAGAUGCCGUCGCGGUUGGCCAUCGAGGGCUCCUCCACUGAGGUGUACGCCGGGGAGUGGCGUGCCGACCGGCGCAGCGGCUACGGGGUCAGCCGGCGCUCCAACGGGCUGCGCUACGAAGGCGAGUGGCUGGGGAACCGGCGGCAUGGCUACGGGCGCACCACCUACCCCGACGGCACCAAGGAAGAGGGCAAGUACAAGCUCAACCGCCUGGUGAGCGGCAAGGUCAAGAACCUCAUCCCGCUCCGGCGCAGCAAGGUGAAGGAGAAGGUGGACCGGGCGGUGGAGAUGGCCCGCAGAGCCGUCAGCCUGGCCAGGCAGAAGCAGGAAAUGGCGGCCACCAGGGCGGCCGAUGCCCGGCUGAAGGCCACGGCCGCGCUGGCCUCUGCCGAGAAGGCUGUGGAGGCGGCUCGAGUGGCCAAGAUCCUGGCCCAGGAUCUUCAGCCCAUCCUGGAUGACCCUGAGCCACGGCCCCGCCUGGACUCCGAAGGCACCGACACGGACCUGUUAGAAUAUGACAGCCCGGGGGUCUAUGAAAAUGGGGUCACCCCAUCCGACGUGACCCCAGACCCCAGCUACCCCCCCACCCCGCUACAGCCCUGGAGGGGGGACCCCCGCCGGACUUGGCACCCUCUGGAGAACGGAGGACCCCCUCGAGUGCCCCCUGCGGAUGCAUCAGACCCUGAGGACGAGUGGGGGUGCCGGAGGUUCCCUGCCCGGACACCGGGGUUCCCACCCGAGGGACUGUGGGAGGGGGACGAGGCAGGGCGCCCCCUGGUGGGCACCCCACCCAGCGGCAGCUCUGGAAGCCUCCAGGAGGAAGAGGAGGAGGAGGACUAUGAGGAAGAUCUCCCCCAGCUGGAUAUUGGGGAGCCCCAGGCGGGGCCAGAGGUGGCGGGACCCCCGGGGCACUCUGGACUGGGGGCUGACAAGCUGCCUUCAGGGGUGGGGGCUGCGGCUCAGGGUGAGAAGGAGACAGGAGCAGCCGUGAGACAGGGAGCUCACCCAUUGGUGGUUCUGGCCGUCGUGUUGAUUGACAUCUGCCUGGCUCACCUGUUCUCUCUGCUUCUCACCUGA